CCCGGACCCAUUUCGGGGACGGACACGAAACAAACGCACAGCCGACGGUGGAGGGAGAUUUGAGCGUGAGGCGCAUGGAGAGCAGUCGGCCUCGAGCUUUCCUGACCACUUUGGCGGUUGAUUUAUUCCUUGUUUUAUAGUUAUAUUUCAUUGAUUUGCCAUCAUGGAAGCAGACAGUGACAUAAAAACAACCCCGAAAGGGUUUCACUGCGCCCUGUGCAACGUCAACCUACCAAACCCGCCGAGCGUGGAUCAGCAUGUCAAAGGGCGGAAACACCAAACGUUGAGCACCGUGCGGGCCACCAGGAAGACCCAAGAGCAGCACAGUGUGUUCGUCAGUGGCAUCAACCCUGUCAUCUCUCAGACUGACAUAGCAGAGUACUUCCAGAAGUUUGGGCCUGUCUCAGAUAUUGUCAUGGAUAAAGACAAGGGAGUGUACGCUAUCGUGCAGUUUGCUGAGACUGACAGCAUCCAGGCGACCAUGUCCUGUGUUGAGCAUCAGAUGAAGGGCUUGAAGCUGCGUGUCAAACCCCGGGAAAAGAAGGAUUUCAAGUUGAUUCCCAAGAAGAUCGCGUCCCAGAACCUCCAACAAGCUCUUGAACGUCUCAAACCUCAGCUGUGUCAGUUGGUGUCUGUGAAUGCACAGAUGCAGUAUGUUGUAGAACGAUUUCAGCUGGGAGAUAACGAAAAGAAGGCUCGAGGCUUGCUGGUUCAACUCCUUCAAGAGGUUUUCGUAGAGUUUUUUCCAGAUAGCCAGAUUCAGCCAUUUGGUUCAUCUGUGAACACUUUCGGCAUCCAUUCCUGCGAUCUAGACCUCUUCCUGGACCUGGAGAACACCAAGGUGUUCCAGGCCCAUGCCAAGUCCACUGCAGAACAGGCAGGGGAGGGCACGUCAGACGAUGGCCGCUCCGAGGACUCCAUCCUGUCUGAUAUUGACCUGUCCUCUGCCUCUCCGGCCGAGGUCUUGGAACUCGUGGCAACCAUUCUUAGACGCUGUGUCCCCAGUGUGCACAAAGUCAGUGUGGUCAGCAGUGCUCGCCUCCCCGUGGUCAAGUUCCAUCACCGUGAGCUUAACCUGCAGGGGGACAUCACCCUUAACAACAGACUGGCUGUCAGAAACACCCGCUUCCUCCAGCUGUGUUCAGGGAUGGAGGACAGACUGAGGCCUCUGGCCUACACCAUCCGCUACUGGGCCAAGCAGAAGCAACAGGCUGGUAAUCCCAGCGGUGCCGGUCCUCUGCUCAACAACUACGCUCUGACACUGCUGAUCAUCUUCUUCCUGCAAAACUGUGAGCCCCCUGUCCUCCCCACAGUGGACCAGCUCAAAGACAUGGCCUGUGAGGAGGAAGAGUGUGUGAUCGAGGGCUGGAACUGCACCUUCCCUAGUCAGCCUAUUGCUGUGCCCCCCAGCAAGAACACACAGGACCUCAGCACCCUGCUCUUCGGCUUCUUCACCUUCUACGCUAAGUUUGAUUUUGCCAGUAGUGUCAUAUCUGUCAGGAAAGGGUGUGCACUCCCAAUCACUGAUUUCCUCAGCCAGAAUAAAGCAGAGGAGGCUAUGCAUGAGAAAAAAUCCACCAAGGCCCAGCCACAUGGUCCCAAACUGGGCCCCCUAAAUCUCUUAGACCCCUUCGAUCUCUCCCACAACGUAGCUGGAAAUCUGAACGAACGCUCUCAGCGCAACUUCCAGAAGGAGUGCCAGGAGGCUGACAAGUACUGCCGCAGCCUGCAGUACCAGCGCAAAUCCACCAAGGGGAAAUCAUGGGGGCUGGUGCGCCUAUUCACCCCCCAUGGGGAGGUCCCAAAGGCCAAGACGGAGCAGCUGACCAUCAGCAUCCCCUUCAAACUAGCGUCGCUCCCUGAAGUUCUGCGUAAUCAGCUGCACGCGGCGGGAGACGGCUUCCGGUUGCUGUGGUUUCAGAAGGUUUGCUCUGCUGUGGAGGGAGUCUUCCAAAGUGUUCUCAAGUGUCACCUCUCUCCCUCCGCGGACGCCAUCUUUGGCGAGGAUUCAGUCGUCGACUCGGCUGUGGAAAUGGACACUUCCUCCACUUCCUUCAACACAUCACUAAACGACAGCUAUGACAGCGUUGAAUCCCCAAACGCAGCCAGCCCUCUAGGUACAGCUGCGGUCGGCGCCAAGAGGCAGCUGUCCUCCAGCAGUGAUGCUUCUGAGUCGCCUCAUGUCAAAAAGCCAAGACUGGCAAAGAGGGGCAAACCUGAAUUCCCUCACUGGAUCUGUGUGCAAAAGCACAUGGUGUGGGCCGGCAGGAGGAAAGUGAGAAGGGAGCUGAUCAAGGAUACAGACACGAGGCCAGAGGGCAGCUGUAUGGAGCUGGAGUCCAAGGUCACAGCUCACAUCAUUGAAAAAGAGCCGGCGCUCAAGGAGCCCAUGGAGUUCAAGGUCCAGCCCCUGAUGGUUGGUGAGACAGAAAGCACGAAGGCAGUGCUCAAGUUGGAGCCAAUCAGUGACACGACAGGAGUUUUUCAAGACUUCUUUCAUUUCCUGGAAGUCUUCUUACCGAAGAUGGUAGAGACACUGCUAGAGAAAGAAGUGGGAAGUGCUUAAAAUGGGUCUGCUUUCAGAUAUGUGAGCUUCAAAUCUAAGAAUAUUUGUUUUCUUUUUGAAUCAAAGAUGUUGUAACUGCUACUUGUAUUUACCCUUCAGAGUGGGACAUGAAAGAGCAUUGCUUUGGCUUUAUGUUGACCAGGCAUUUAGUUUUAUAUUUGCAAAUGUGGGCUUUAACUGAAUGACAAGUUUGUAAUGUUUUCAUGUAUACGUUUUCAUGUAUAGUUUCAGAAUAAGAUUAAUAAGCCCUAGUGUUAUGUUUGAGAUGUGACUUGGUUUUAGUUCUUUUCUGUUUAAAAUAGUGUUCUUAAAUGAUGAAACUUUAAAGGGAAACUGCAAGUGGUAGACAUUUGAUGUAAACGGCAUGUAAGGCUGUCUUCAAGUGAAUAAAAAAAGUAUUUGUAAAACACCGCCUCCUUCUGUACACAGUAGUUUUGAUUAAAUUGU